GCCACUCUCGCUGCCGACAGUGACAGCCCUAUCGAAGGUCUGCUCGGCCCUCUCAAAUGUCAAGCCAGUCGUAGUCGCAGCCCUGAGUUGCUGAUUUUUUUUGUUUUUGUUAAGUUUGGUUCGCUUAUGGCUCUCACCGGCGCGCCUCAACUCAGUCGUGGACUGCUCUCAUCGCCGUCGCUCACUCACGUUCGCUUCUUGUCGGCGUUUUUCUGCUUUGUCUCUGUUCUCUCUCUCUUUCUCGUAGCUUAGUCACUGUCACCGUUGGUGAGCCUCCAUCCCUCCACUGCUUUUUCAGUUUCAUUUUUGCGAGUUAAUUACUAAUUUUCUGGAUUUAAUUAUGUUGAUUGUUGAUUGUUUUUUUCUGGGUUAAUUAGUUGUUUUCUGAGUUAAUUUUCUUCGUUGUUCAUUGUUGUUAACAGGGAUGGAUUGAUGUUGUUUUGUUCUGUUAAUUAUUAUUAGUUAUUGGUAAUUUUCUGAGUUAUUUUUGUGCUAUUUUUUAAAAUUCUGAGUUAAUUUACUAGUUGUUGGCUUGUUUCCGAGUAAAAUUAGUUAAACUUAAAAACUUGGUUUGUUAUAUUGAUUCUGAUUUCUGAGUUUUGUUAAGUUUGCUGGUAAUACUUUGCUGAGUUGUUGAUAAUACUUUGCUGGGAAUGAAUGUGUCAAUAUACAAUUGAGAUACUUUGUGCUCUUCAACUGGAUCUAGCUCUGAUUUGAUACUGGAAGAAGAGUUUUCAGUUGAAAUCCCGGACGAGAAAACUGAUAAGCUUGCUCGCUGUGCCAAUGUUGCGAAAUACAUAGCCUCAGGCUCAGCUAAAGUGGACUAGAAAAUUGUUGAAAAGCCCUGAAACUUCACUCCAUUAUUCUUUUGGGGAUGUAGAAUUCUAAGUUAUAUGAACUGUGUUAAGUUUGCUUAGUAGCAUAUAUGACUUAAUGUUAGUUUCCUUAACAGUGUGCUUUAUAUGGGAAUGUCUUAAUUGGGUUGAAGAAUACCAAAUAAUUGAUCUUAGCUAAUAUUGAACACUUGUGUUAGUUUACUUGGUGAUGAUUAUGAUCUUUGCUUUUUUUGUUUUUUUGGUUUUUGGAUGCUGAGAAGUUUUUGGAUUUUAAGUUUUUGUUGAAUACUUGAUUAGUAUUGAGAAUAUAAAUGUAAUAGAACAAGAUUUAGUUUAAGAAAGAGUGAAAGAAGAGCAGGUAAACUCUUGAUUAUUAGUUAGUUAUUCUGUUUCAGGUCAAUAGCUUUCAUAUAUAUAGUGUGCAUACUCUGUAUUUGGAAGUGUGAUUCAAUUUUUAGUUCAAAAUAAUAUGAUCAAUGUGUAUUGAUUCUCAAUAAUUAUGUUCUCAAUUUCAAGUCUUUGAAUUCAUUCCUUUGUUUUUUAUAUCACAAAAAUUCUUCUCUUUUACUAUGAAUUCUUAAUGAUAAAAUAUGAACACAUAAUGUGAAAUGGUAAAUUUUAAAAUUUUAUUAGUUUAGAAAAUAUUAAAUUUGAAUAUUUAAAAUUGUAUAUUAAAUUUUUAAUGAUUUUAUUGUAUUUAAUUAAACCGGUUUGACUCCGGUUAGACCAUUGAACCAUUAAACCAGUUACUUGACCGGUUCAAUGGCCGGUUCGGUUCUCGCAACCUUGGAUUUGAGUGAUUUCUGAAUGUGAAAUCAUUGAUUUUAUGUUGUUAUGCUGCUGCUGUUUUUUAAUUUUUGUUGCUGAUUGUUCUUGAUUUCUGAAUGUGAAAUCAUUGAUUUUGUGUUGUUAUGCUGUUGCUGCUAUUUUUUAGGGUGAUUAUUUGUUGCUGUUUUUUAAUUUUUGCUGCUGAUUGUUCUUGAUUUCUGGCUCUGUUAUGCACUUAUGCUGUUGGUGUUUUUGAUUGGGAUUAUGAGAGCUGCUGUUUGUGGUUCUGUGUGGUGCUGCUGCUUUGUGUUUUUGUAAAAUUUGUAGAUGAUUAUUUGAUUAUUCAGCUCAGGGUUGUGUGUUUUGUCAAUUAGUCUGACUUUAAUAUUAAUUAAGUGCUUUAUAGUUGUAUUUCCUUUUUAAAAUUUCUUUUCCAAUUUUGUAUUAUAGUGGAAAUUGGGAUGGAUUCUACAUUCUAGUACUUCACUCGUUAAUUGUUUCUGUAAAAAAUAAUUCAUACUAUCAAAUUUACUUAGUAAACUGUGCAAUGAACACAUUUUUAAGGUAAGAAAAAUAAAUUGAAGGGUGGGGGCGUGGGGCUAACGAGGCAUAAAGGUCCUUUAAUUCAAUUUUGAAAAGGAUUUUACUCUUUUUUGUCUGCUUCAAGUGUGUGGAGGGCUGGCGGGAAGAAAUGGUCCUGGGAAUUGGAUGGACAACAACUCUUUUUUAUAGGGAUGGGGAAGAGAAGGUGCUUCUUUUGUCUCUUGGUAUUGGUGUGAAUUGUCUUCUAUGCUUGCAAGCAUGUGUAUCAGUGUAUUUGUUGUGGGGAGCAUCGUGUCUGACACAAAAAUAAGUGCAGAACAUGGUUCCCAAGAGAAGCUUCACAUUGUGUUAACUGUUUUGUGGUUUGUGUUUUGUGCUUUAGGCUUUAGCUGAUGGGAGAGUAAUACUAAUAUGCUGCUGUUGUGUUGUGCAAUUUUGUGACUUAAUUAUGCUCAGAUAGUUAGAUUAGAUUGUGAUUGUUUUGAUAAUUUAUUGACUUAGUUAUGCUCAGAUACUAAUAUUUUAGGAUGUUUAUUUAUAAUUUAUUUAUUAUUUUAUUCUAAAAUGGUUUUUCUGAUUAAACCACAAUUGGAUCGAUUGAAUCAAUGAAUCAGUGACUAGAAUGGUUCAACGACCGGUCUGAUUCUCAGAACCUUGAUCCAUACCAUAGAACUUCCCAAACAAAAAUACCCCGUACAACUACUACACAUUUCAAACUCAAACCCCAUUCUCUGAGAAUGUAUUCAGUAUUUCUAUUCUCGGUGGUCGCUCUCUUCUUUCUCCAUCAUCACUCCCAUCUCUUCACUGCGCCCGCUGCUAUGUAAUGUCUCUCCACCGAGGCUGCGACCUUUGAGCUCGUCGCCGAUCUACUCUUCUCUCCCUCUUUCCGCACACUGCCUGAAAGCUCUGCUUCCGGCAUCGUGACCAACACGGCCUCCUUCAGAAACCUAGGUAGCAAAACAAUCUCAGGCAAUAAGGAUAAUCAUGGAGUAGAAUUGAAUUUCAUAAAGUAUCAUGUUGUAUGCAAUGAGGUAUGCAGUCCCCAAACUCAUUCGCUUUCUUCUGCCAUCAUCUACUUUUUUGCCAUAUGUCCAACAUACAAGGCUAUGUCUUCAUUCACAGCGGCUACCAUCACGAAAUGCCUACAAAUUUGAUAGUGUUCAUGAUGUUGUAGCUUUAUUUAAUUGCAUGGUUGAUAUGCAUCCGCAGCCAUCGAUUGUGGAAUUGACCAAAAUCUUGGGAACGAUUGUAAAGAUGAAACAUUAUACCACAGCUAUUUAUCUUUAUACCCAGAUGGAGUCAAAGGGCAUCCUACCAUUUACUGUUACUUUGAACAUCUUGAUCAAUUGUUAUUGCCAUGUAGGCCAAACAGGUUUUGCUUUCUCGGUAAUGAGCAAGUUUAUUAAGUGGGGUUUUCGGCCAAGUGCUGUAACUUGGACUACACUAAUGAAGGGGUUGUCUCUUAAUGGUAAAAUGUCGGAUGCACUAUAUAUUCAUGGUAAAAUUAUUCCCAAAGGAUUUCGGUUUGAUGAAGUUAUGUACGGAACCUUAAUCAAUGGUCUGUUUAAGACGGGAGAAACAAGAUUUGCUAAUCAAAUGCUUCGACAAAUGGAGAGUCACUUUGUUAGGCUAAAUCUUGUAAUGUACAAUAUUGUUGUUGAUGGUUUGUGCAAACAUGGACGGUUGAAUGAUGCACUGGAUUUGUAUUCUAAAAUGCCUGAUCAAGGAAUUUCCCCCGAUAUUGUCACUUACAGUUCAUUAAUCUAUGGUUUCUGUCGUGUGGGCAAAUGGAAAGAAGCUGGAUUAUUGCUGAAUGAGAUUGUUGUUAAAAACAUUAGCCUAGAUGUGUAUACCUUUAACAUAAUAAUUGAUGCAUUAUGCAAAGAAGGGAUGCUAUUGCAAGCCCAAGUUAUGUGCGACGUGAUGAUUGAAAGAGGUCAACAACCAGACAUUAUUACUUACACAAUUUUGAUGGAUGGAUAUUGUAGGAACAAUGAAGUUGAUAAGGCAAGAAACUUAUUUGAUAUGGUAAUUGAAAGGGGUUUUGUGCCUGAUGUUUGGAGUUAUAACAUCUUGAUUAAAGGUUAUGUCAAGAUCAAAAGAGUGGAUGAAGCCUUGAGUUUGAUGAAAAGUAAGAAUAUAGUUCCAAACAUUAUAACUAACAAUUCUCUAGUUGAUGGCUUGUGCAAAGCCGGUAGAAUCUCGCAUGCAUGGGAGAUUGUUACAAAAAUGCAUUAUUGUGGUCAACCAUCCCCUGAUGUAAACACUUACAAUAUAUUUUUAGAUUACUUAUGCAAAAACCAGCAUCUUGAUGAGGCAAUUAAAUUAUUUAAAAGACUCAUGUAUGAAAGAAGUUUUGUUCCAAAUGUUUGGAGUUACAAUAUCUUGAUCCGUGGUUAUUGCCAAAGUAAAAGAUUAGAUGAAGCCAAGAUUCUUUUCCAAGAUAUGCGUCUCAAGAAUUUGGAUCCAAAUAUUGUAACUUACAAUAUAUUGUUACAGGCUUUAUGCGACACGCAGCAACUUGGCAAGGCAAUUACACUAUUAAACCAAAUUGUUGACGAUGAUAUCUGUCCGAAUUUAUGCACAUACAAAAUACUUAUACAUGGUUUAUAGAAUUGUGGACAGAAGAUUUUUCAAGCCUUUUUUCAUUAGAGGAAAUCAUGCAGAUGUCAAGAACAUAUUCAAUCAGCUUUGUCAAGGUGGAUUAUCAGAAUAGGGAAGCUCUUGAUUUACAAUUGGAAGAUAAUCACAAUCUCUCUAAUGCUGUAGCUUCUAGAGAAAAGAAAAAGGACGAUGCACAAACUUUUCUGGAAAUGAUCAUUAGAUGGAUGGCAAGCAAUAAGGUCAGUUGUUUUAGUUUCCAAGUUGAUUUCUGAAAUUACCUACAUGGUUGGAAAGCUUUUUCUUUGGGUUGUAGAUAUUGGACUAGCUGUCUGACCGUUGUUGAAGUUGAUCUGAUCAAAUCAUAUGUUUAUUCUGUUCAUUUUGUUUAUCCUUCUGGUUGUUGAUAACUUUUUGAGUCCAGACCUGACUCUGUUGCUGUUUAUCCUUUCGGACGGUAGUAGCAACAAAGUCAUGCAAAAGCCAUUGGAAAAGGAAAGUGAAAAAAACUUACCGAGA